AUGGCCGCCAAUGGACCGGGGACAAAUCUGGGUCCGGAUCACAAUAUCGGUAUUAUACCUUGGCCACAAUCUGCCAACGCAAUUUCGCAGCUUGAUGCAAUAAUUGCAGACACAGACGACGUGAUUCUAGCUGGAAUGAGUGAAAGACUAGAGGCUUAUAUUCGAACAUCUGGACAUCGUGGUCUUUCUCGUGAAAAUGUACUCAGAAUAUCCAGGAUUCUAGCUGCAACAUAUCAAUCACCUGACAAGCCGAAAACUACCAAGAGCGUUCUGGCACCCCUUAGGAGAGACUAUGACAUUGAUGAUCAGAAAAACUUCAACAAGAUCGUCUCCAUUCACGUAGGGACUGGAAAACAACGAGUCCAAUUCACAGCAUUGGCUGGAUUAUUGGCUACGCAAGCCAAAUUCUUCAAACCUCUUUGUUCUGAUCUAUGGAAAUGUGGUCGUGAAGGUGCCAUCUCACUUGAAGAUUGUCAGCCCGAAAGUUUCGAAAUGUUCCUUGCAUGGCUCUACACAAAGGAUAUCAGAAAUGCCAAAUGUCUGGGUAAAAAUAUUACUCGUGGUAAUACUCACUUUCGAACACAAGCCCACAAGUAUAAAUGGUUCCAGUUACUUCAUUGCUAUUUUCUUGCCGAUUAUAUUGGAGCACCGAAGUUCGCCAAUUAUAUGAUGGAUGCAUUGACCUUAGCUUAUAGAGAAUGGGUUCGUGAUGGAUUUGUCAAGUCGGCUAAAGAUCCACUUUUCAACAAGACAGAGGAGACUCGAAAGCUGGUGGAUAGCAACACAGUCGAAUCAUCACCGCUCCGAGCCCUAAUCAAGGAUAUACUAUUCCCUUCUAUUGAAGAGAAACGAGUUCCCGUUACGAUUAAUCCACACCCGGGAGCACCUCCUUCUUUUCGUAGAGACAGACGCGGACUUCAUAAUCUCUUGGUGCCGAAUCCUUCACUUCCUCCUCAGGGCCAGAAUAUUCAAUUUCCAAAUAAUGGAACGGCUCCGCAUCCAAAUUUUCAUCCUGGUAAUCCACUAUAUCCUUCCCAUUUUCCGCCAACUAACCUCAAUGUGCACCCCCCGCCACCAACCCACCACUACAUGCAUAACGCUGCGCCUUCACUCUCCACUGAAAUUGGACCUGCCCCGUAUUUAAACCACCAUCCGCCGCUAGUCCAUCGUCACAACAAUCCAGCAUACUUACCAAUUCCUCAAGGAGGUCCGUUCCGCGCUGCAAUCCACCACCUUCCCGUCUCUCACCACGCAAAUUUUCCACAUUGUAUUGCCCACAAUCCCUUCGCCAAUCACUACAAUAUCCGAAACCAACAUCUCUUUUUCUCGCCAAUGCCCCUCGCACCUCGACCUACUCUACGCUCUAGAUUCCUCAAAGCAAUGAAGUUUGGGAGAGAUGAAGAGAAAUUCGAUGCGGAAGUCACUGCUAUUGAGUUCAAGAAAUGGGAAAAGGCGUCGAUGGUCUGGGAACAUGAGAGAUGUAGAUAUCAUAUGCAUGCCAAGGGGGAGGAUUGUCGAAAUGAAGAGUAA